CCCUUUUUUUUCCCCUCCCCCAGGGCGCGUUGUGCGCGUGCGCGAGCUCCGCAUUUCUUCCCUUCCCCCCUGGUUCUGAGCGGGCUGCUGUUUGGAAGAAACCUCAAAGGGAAUCGACUUUUCUAAGUAAGGAAGCCUACGGUUGUACUUUGUGAAUUAAAAAAAAAAGAACGAGAAUUUGAAAAAUGGGAAGACCCAGGAAAACCUCUGACUCUGCUGCAUCUCCCCGCCCAGCUGCUACAGCCCCCAAGGCAGGUCCGGGAACUCCUCGAUCGUCAGCCACCUCCAGGACCGCCCCUGCAACCGGUGCAAACCCAACGGCUACGGCUCCUAAGAGUGGGAGCGGCAGAGGAUCAGCCCCAGAGAAGGCGGCCUAUUCCACAAAGCCUAGGGGAGCAAGGGAGAGCGGCCAGCCCAGGUCUGCAACAGCUUCUGAUGGCCAACGCGGAGGUCCAAGGAAGAGCGAUGGGGGAGGAGCAGUCAAGAGCUCCACGGCGUCGGGUGGAGUAAAGCCUUCUGCUACUUCCGGUGCCGCGAGCAAAACCCAAGGCAGAGCGAGGGGCCUGCCUGCGCCCCUCUCCCCUGAAAAAGUGGCUGAGGUCGAGAGGGAAACCCGGGGCCAGUGGAGAAACCCCGAAUGGCACAAGUGGCGCGAGAACCGCAUCACGGCUUCCAUCGCUCCCAAGAUCUCCAACAGCAAGUUUGCAAACGGCCGGACGGCGGAAGUGCCUCAGUCGUACCUGAAUGAAGUGGUGGGAUCGAGAUCGGGGGUACAGACCCCGGCUAUGAAUUGGGGAGUCCGCAAUGAGAAGAAGGCAGUGCAAGCUUACGAAGCCCUCAAGUCCACGGCAAAGAAACCGGUGAAGGUGAAAGACUGCGGCAUCUUUGUCGACAAAGACAAGCCCUGGCUGGCCGCCAGCCCCGAUGGCAUUGUCCAAGACGCCAAUACCGGCAAGGAUCUUCGUCUCUUGGAAGUGAAGUGCCCCUAUAAACACAGAAACAAGACGGUGGACGAAGCUUGCCGAGAUCAGACCUUCUGCCUGGAAAACGAGGGCAGUUCUUACUCGUUGAAGAAAACUCAUCCCUAUUAUACCCAAGUUCAGUGUCAGAUGAAAGCCUCCGGCCUGAAGAAAACUGAUUUUGUCGUUCACACCAACAAACAAACCGCAAUCACCCCCGUGGAUUUUGACCCGGUUUUCUGGAAGCAAACAGCCCCCAAGCUGGAGAAGUUCUACACGGAUGCCGUGGUGCCUUACCUGGAGGAGAAGAGCUCUUCUGCUGUCUGGGCCAGCGAAGAGUGAAGCUGUGGGAAGUUUCUGAUGUUUUCUUCUUCUUCUUUUUUUUCUUUCUUUCUUCAGAAGAUGCGCCUUCAACCUGUUUAACCCGUUCUCCUUUUAUCCUUUCUUCUCCCAAGAGGACCAGAAUCAGUUGCGGCUUUUUUGUGUCUGAAGGCAGCUUUGUAAAUUCUGCAGAGUGGCCUAGAGCAGUGUUUCUCAACCUGGGUGGUUUUCAGAGGUGGACUUCCAACUCCCAGAAUUCCCUAAGCGGCUAGAGAAUUCUGGGAGUUGAAGUCUACACUAUCUUAACUGGAGAAACAUUGGCGCUAGAGCAGAGGUCUUAAAGCGGUCUUGGCCGCUUUAAGACUUGUGGACUUCAACUCCCAGAAUUCUCCAGCCAGUUAUGUUAUGCUGGCUGGAGAAUUCUGGGAAUUGAAGUCCACAAGUCUUAAAGCAGCCAAGUUUGAAGACCUCUGGCCUAGAGUAUAGUCUGCCUCUCUCUCUCUCUGUGUGCCUUUCAGUUAGCAUUUUAGAAAGCUGCAUUCCUCCUGGGAACGUGCAAAGCGCCCUCAGCCUACUAUAGAACAGACAAAUGAUAUCUAGAGCGGCCCCAGUUUUUCUCCUGCAUCACAAAACAUCAUUGGUUAUUCUCUUUACCUGACCAGGCAGGUAAAGGUAGUUUAAAAAAAAAAUAAGACAUUCUGGACUUAGCUGCUUUCAGAUUUCUAGAUUUCUAUUUCCAGAUAUUUUCCACGGAGACGAUCUCAGAAAUGAAAAUGGUUUUUGCUUGAGACGCAGUAACUUUACCAGAAACGCUAAAAGGACCUGGAAAACGGGAUGCGCUUACAACGGAAUACUUUCACGUUUCAAUCCGCAGGCAGAGCUAAAUUGUCCUCAUCCAACCUGUUGUCAGUAUUUCCUGGAACCUGCGUUAUCCAAGAAAUAUCCAGUGUGAUAAUGAAGGCCACAAGUUGAAUGGAAGAAAGUAACCCCGGUUCAUUAAGGAGCUGCUAAGGUUUUGAACAUGGAUCCAAAUAAAUCAAACUCUUCCGUUUCCUGCAUGCUCUCGGUUACGUAUCCAGAAUGAUCUGUUACAUCCAGUGGUAGAGAAAGUUAGAUUUAUCAUUUAGGCAAGAGGAUAGAUAAUGCUGACCCGGUCUUAUUUCAGCACAGUAGAAGUGCAUCUUUGCUUAGGAAAGUUUAUAUAUAUAUAUAUAUAAAAAAAAAACUGUAAUUAAAAAAGAUACAUUUUGAGGGAAUUGCAACUUUUUGAAAAGUGUUUAAAAAAUUAUAAUUAAAAAUGUAAUUUUUUUUGGGGGGGGCGGAUUGUAACUGACUUUUUUUUGUAAAGAAAUCUUGUGAUAUUUUUCUUUGAGACAACAUUAACAAUUACUUGUUUGCCCACUGGGGCUUUUGUUAUGAAAAUAAAAAUCAUCUAUGCUA